AUGCGGCUCUCUCCCUGGAGCAUCCCGUCUUGUGCAUGCAAGAAAUCAUCCCGUAAACUUCGGAUUUGCCGCAAAGCAUUCAAGGCAGCGUACAGGGAAAAGUUGAAUGCACUGGUGAUUUUCAAACCCCCAAACACUCCAGUAGAGAUUGUGUUAGACUACUAUGACAACGACUAUGAAAUCGCCGAACCUCCGAGAGUGACGAGUUUGAAGAACACACAGCCUCUUCCUACAAUUACCAAUUUUGGAGAAAGUUUUCAAUUUGUUCAUGAGUCCCGCAGAUUUAAAUCCAUAGUCCAUCAUUUGGCUAAAGCGUACCUUGCGAGCGAUAAUGAGACAAUCACCGAUCCACGCCUCAAGUUAAAUAAGGUUGUUUGCGAGGUGGAGUAUACCAAAAAAGGAGUAAAAGUGACGACGGAAAACGGUGAAGUGUACACUUCCGAUUAUGUCAUUGUGUCUGUUAGCCUGGGCGUGCUCCAGAGCAAACUGAUUGAUUUCGUGCCUGAUUUUCCGUUUUGGAAGCUCAAAGCUAUCUACACAUCCAACAUAGCAAACUUGGACAACGAAUUUCCAGGGAAGAAUAUUCUCAUGGUGACUGUUGCAGACGAAGAGACCCGCCGCAUUGAGCAACAGGAGGACAGUGAAACACUACACGAGAUCAUUGUUGUGCUGCGCAACAUGUUCGGGUCCAAGGUCCCUGAAGCCGAGAGCAUCUACCUGCCAAGAUGGUUGGCUGAUCCCUUCUUCAAAGACACCUUCUCCAACUGGUCCAUCAGGGUGGAAUCCAACAUCUUCAAGCAACUUCAAGUAAGCCAUUACCGUUCAAGGAACCUUUGA